AUGGUGAUAAUUUUGACCAGAGCUCAGACCGAAUCCUCCAUCUUGAAUGAGAAGCGGAGGAUUUUCCAGAUGUUCGCAGUGAUACAGACGCCAACAUCAGAACCUGAGAGUCUGAAAACCUUCCAGGUCGGAACCACAGAGACCAGCAGCGGCUCUGAGCGGAGAACUGUUCCUUUAAGAGCCGAGGAGGAGGAGAACCGGACCGGGUCGGUACCGGACCGGGUCGGUACCAGGCGGCUGCAGAGAGCCGGUGCAGCUGGUCCCGGGUCGUCUCGCCUCCAGGAUGUCUGCGGGAAGCGGCUUGGAGUCGGUGGACUUUGAGAUCUUCGGCCAUGUUCAGGGUGUCUGCUUCAGAAUGUACACAGAGAAGGAGGGUCUGCGUCUGGGCCUGGUGGGCUGGGUGAAGAACACCGCCGCCGGGACGGUGGUGGGACAGGUGCAGGGACCGGCCGCCAUGGUGGAGGAGAUGAAGUUCUGGCUCAGUAAAGAAGGAAGCCCGUCCAGUCGGAUCACCAGGGCCCAGUUCACCAACCAGAAACCCAUCGACAAGCUGGAGUUCUCCGGGUUCAAGACCCGUUUCUGACCCGGUUCUGACCCGUGGACCGGUUCUCCUCCUGCCUCUGGGACUGCUGGGAACGUUGGACCGACUCCAGCUGAGAUCGGAUCGGGCGGUUCUGUAGUUUAACGGUUCUGAUCCGCGGCUGAAGUUUUUUCUGUUUCUGUCCAGAAAAAAACUCAAAUAUUUGAGAAAAACGAGGAAAAAAUUCAAACCAUCAGGAGCCGAAAUCAGUCGUCAUGGUUACUUAACCUAGCGAAACCAGAACCAGGACCGGGACCGGGACCAGAACAGAACCGACUCAGACUCACGCCUGCAGUUUCAUCAGUUUAUUGAAAGAAUCUGAUUUGUAAAUGUUUUUUUGCCUGAUUUUAUUUUCUGUUAUUAAUAUAAAUUAUUGUCAUUUUGGUCGUUAAAAUUUCCAUUAAACUUUAUAUUUUG